AUUGUGUGGCUGGACUCGGCCGCCGCUGUGGUGGGAGGUGUGUGUCCGGGCUCUCGCCGUCCCCGCACCCGCACCGCGGCUUCUGCCUUGCGGUCCACCGUUCGACAGCCAGCCCUCGGGCCCCUCGCCCGCCACGGACAUGCCGCGCGUCUACAUAGGACGCCUGAGCUACAACGUCCGGGAGAAGGACAUCCAGCGCUUUUUCAGUGGCUAUGGCCGCCUUCUCGAAAUAGACCUUAAAAAUGGGUACGGCUUCGUGGAGUUCGAGGACUCCCGCGACGCCGACGACGCCGUUUACGAGCUGAACGGCAAGGAGCUCUGCGGCGAGCGCGUGAUCGUGGAGCACGCCCGGGGCCCGCGCCGCGAUCGUGACGGCUACAGCUACGGAAGCCGCAGUGGUGGAGGUGGAUACAGCAGUCGGAGAACCUCUGGCAGAGACAAAUAUGGACCACCUGUACGCACAGAAUUCAGGCUUAUUGUAGAAAAUCUUUCUAGUCGUUGCAGUUGGCAAGAUUUAAAGGAUUUCAUGAGACAAGCAGGUGAAGUAACCUAUGCGGAUGCUCACAAAGAACGCACAAAUGAAGGCGUCAUUGAGUUUCGCUCCUACUCUGACAUGAAGCGUGCUUUGGAUAAGCUGGAUGGUACGGAAAUCAAUGGGAGAAAUAUUAGACUAAUUGAAGAUAAACCACGAACAAGCCACAGGCGGUCUUAUUCUGGAAGCAGAUCGAGGUCACGGUCUAGAAGAAGGUCACGAAGUAGGAGUCGUAGGAGCAGCCGCAGUAGAUCUCGAAGCAUCUCAAAAAGUCGCUCCCGAUCCAGGUCUCGGAGCAAAGGUCGAUCACGUUCUCGUUCAAAAGGCAGGAAAUCUAGAUCAAAAAGCAAAUCUAAACCUAAGUCUGAUCGAGGCUCCCGUUCGCGCUCUCGGAGCAGAUCGAAGGAUGAAUAUGAGAAAUCUCGAAGCAGGUCUCGUUCUCGAUCUCGUUCCCCCAAAGAAAAUGGGAAAGGUGAUAUAAAGUCAAAAUCCAGAUCAAGGAGCCAGUCUCGUUCCAAUUCACCCCUACCUGCUCCACCCUCAAAGGCCCGUUCUGUGUCCCCUCCACCAAAAAGAGCUUCAAGAUCCCAUUCUAGAUCUCGUUCAAAGUCAAGGUCACGAUCCAGAUCGAGUUCCAGAGAUUAACCCAGAACUCUACAUUCUUUGCACACUAUUACGGAACACUUUCCUACUUGCUUAGGCAGUUACUCUUCCACGUUUGUACUUGGCCUCUUCUGCAAGAAGAGUCUCCCGAAAACAGGGGCAUACAAAAAUUGGAUUUGUAGCCAAAUUUGAUGAAAAAGAUGAGGUACUAAAGAAAUGGCAUGAAGUCAAAGAUCCUCUCCCUUUGUAGAAUUAAGAUAACUUUGAUUUUAUAGCUUUUGAGCUAAAAUAACUUUUGUAAAGAUUAAGCUCAUUUAGUUUUUUUUUUUUUUUAAGUAUUUCAGCAGCAUCUGCUGCAGGGGUUUCUGUCAUUGUUAUAUUUGUUUGCUUAAUUUUAAAUUAACCGUUUCAAGCUUUGAACACUUAAGGCUUUAGAGGGAGAACCCAAUUUCCAAUUAUGUUGGCUUUUUAUAAAGCUUGAGUUAUGUAAGAUUUCAAUAAAAGUUUGCUACCAAGA